GACGACGGCCGCAUCUGAAGCAGCUUCAUCCAGUGGCCGGCCAAGACCUACGGUCGGGUCGAGCACGGCCACACCAUCCACCAGUGAACCCGAUGCGCCACCUCCUGAAAGCGGAUGGGAUCUACCCGUUGACACGACGAAUGUUGCGCUCAUCACUCAUCAUUUCAAAGUGAGGUCGGGAAAAGUCUAUGGGACGAAGGUCGCAAAACGUCGGGAUGGUGGAGGCUUCGUGAACGCCGUGGACGAGACUCCUAGGCCUGUCAUUGGCAAGACGUUUCAACAGAUCUAUUUGAGACGACUGGUCACAAUGUUGGCGAGGUCUGGUGGGUUGUCUGCGAACGUGGAGGCAGGAUUUCAUCUACCCACAUUCAUACUGAAAGGGGACGAAGAAUGGCUCCGGCUCUACAAUCAAAUUUACCAGCGGAUGCAUCUGGGUUGCACCCAGUGCCUUCCUGAGCCGGCUGUUCUCUCCGCAUGCGUGUUCGAUGAUCGUCAAUCCGACGAAUGGAUUCGCCCGAACUUCCCUGAAAAUGAAAUUGCGGAGCUCCGCGAGGCAGAGGCGAGUUUAUGUGAAGUCAUGCGCUUCGCCAGCCGUGAAGACGGUACAGUUUGGAAAUCCGAAUGUACCCUGCUGGUGAUGGAUUACAACCUGCACUCGAAGUCCAGCAAUUCACCCAUUCGCACAACUCCUCUCAUCGCCAUGCGAGACAAAGGAUGGUCCGCCCUGGAAGUGUUUGCACCCCCAGAGGCAAACCGACCUCGUGACAACAUCGCGAACUUCGCAUCGACUGUCAAGCGGGCAUGCGAUCGACUAAGGGAAGUGCGCGUGGACAUCGUCUCGCGGAUGACCGUACACAUCCAUUUGUCAAUGUAUGGCGUGACCCUCGCUCCUCUGGAAGAUGAAGUCAUUGAGGAGUUUUACAUUCAACCUAUUACCGAGCUACAUGAGAUUGUCCCGAGGUCCGCUGUGGUCACGAUAAAUGACGACCCGCUGUUUAAUGGUCUCGACCACACCGCGCUCUCCUAUGGCAUCGUGAUCAAGAAGAUUGCCAAAGAGUUACGCGCCAACGGAUGCCUGGUUCUGACUACGUCAAGCCUGUGGGCGAAGUUGUUGUCGGUGACGAGCGGAACAGGGCAUAGAAUCAAGGCUGAUCAAUCUGAUUUGGGAUGGGCACUGUUCGAGAAAUCGCUCCUGAAUGAGAAAGCCCUGGCAUGCAUGUUGGACACGAAGAAGAUCAACAUUUUGUCAGCAUGUAUCAAGCCCUUCAACCUCGACCACGACCGAGCAGCCUCCGCCACGCGGGACCUCGCGCAAGUAAGGCGAGCGGAGAGGCGACGCUCUGACCUUCCGUUCGGGAGUGAGGACGUAGCACUCAUUGAGCCCGAGCCCUACUAUGACAGCGAGACGUUUUGGUGGAAAAUCGAACAGUACCAGACCACGAAUGAGAGAUCGACCGUGCCAGGAAAAGCCUUUUACUGUGAACAAUGCCGAAGUCACCUCUUGGAUUCCGAAAGUCUCAGGAACGCCCAGUUUGGAUCUUAUUGUCCUGGAUGCGCCUUCAAGGAACAAUGGAGGCAGUAUCCCGAAGUGGUAUCCUGGGAUGAUUGGAAGCGGCUGGAACAAAAUUGCGCCGCAUGCGCGGUAUACCUCUACCAAACCUACUUCAUUGACGUGGGGACGGGUGAAGCAAUUUUCGACCCAGCCAGCAACAUCAAGAACUUCAUCCAGCACUGUGCCACCACAAGUCGGUCCAACCUGGCGAAAACCGUUUCGUCUCUGGGUGCCCUACGGGUUCCGGUGAACAUGGCUAUUGAGUAUUGUCAACAAGGGCGCGCCAGACAUCUCGGAUGGGGGCGUGCUCUCUCCUACAAUGGUCACGUAUGCUAUGUCGCCUAUUACGACCCCGGGAAUGCCGCUUACGCCGGGUUCAUGAACUGCUUAUUCACCCGCGAAGAGAUCAUUGAAAUGUGUCGGGGAUCUCCUGACCCCAGUGAGGAACUCCUGGGCAACAUCAUCGAGAUUGCUACUGGAAUGCUCGUUGUGGCGCUCAGAUUUCCCGGUAUGUUUCCCAAGUGGGGGGGCAAGCAUGUCAUUGAAGCCUGUCUUCGAGGAAUCGAGAGAUCUUUUCAUCGAUACGCGGCUGUGGAAUCAAUCACAUUGUUCCCCACCCAGAAUCGGAAAAGGAGAAGGCCAGCGGACAUUACCCCGGAGGAACAGCAAGGCAUUGAGGAAAUCACACCACUCAUAUCAUUCAACUUCUUUGCUGAUCCCGCGGACAGAGCUGACGAGGAUGGUGAAGCCGUGCAAACCCAAAUGCCGCAACCUGUUGAGGAACCUGAAUACCAUGCAGCGCCUGAAGAGGACCUCGUGGUUUCCAUCGCUACAGGAGAGGAGCCAGAGGAGGAAGAGGUAGAGCAGGCUGAUCAGUUGGAAGGACCCGAAGGUGCUCCAUCCGAAGUCUCUGAGCUCGUUCGCUUAGCUAUGAAUGGAUUCCGACACGUUCAGGACCUCAUUGCCCGAGAAGACAUUUGUUUGUCAUGCGGUGCGGUUGGCGAUCAUGGUACUCUCGACUGUAGAGUUUAUCCGGCUAAUCCUGAACAGAUCGCUCUUGGCGUCGGCCUAUUGGACUCCUUUUUCCAUGGGUACAGGUCACCGCAACGCGGGUCCUCACAGCGAAGCACCGACAUGGAGGUUGAUCAAGUCCCUGAAGGAGAUGAAAGGAUUCGUGAGCCCCAGAACUCAUUGUCCAGGGAAUCGCUGAGGAUCUUCCGGACUUCGCGAAACCGCCAUGCAUGGUUGGGCUGUGGUACAGCAAUCCAUGCAUCUCUCACCUGCUCAAAAGGGAUCGGCCUCGACACCAGAUACACUCCAUUGUCGGACAACGUCGCCCCGUAG